AUGGGCAAGUUUGAUGACAACGAGAGGAUAAUCCUCAACGUUGGGGGAACCAGGCACGAAACCUAUCGGACCACUCUGAAGACUUUGCCGGGAACGCGACUUGCCCUCCUUGCCUCGGAAUCUGAUAUCGAGUCGGUUUUGGAUCAGCUGCAACAAGUUCCUGGCUUCAUCGAAUACAACGCACGAAACAACGAAUACUUUUUCGACCGCCAUCCAGGCGUCUUUGCCUAUGUGCUCAACUACUACAGGACCGGGAAACUUCACUGCCCGGCAGAUGUCUGUGGUCCGCUUUUCGAGGAAGAACUGUCCUUCUGGGGUAUCGAUGAGACGGACGUGGAGCCCUGCUGUUGGAUGACCUACAGGCAGCACAGAGACGCAGAGGAAGCGCUUGACGUGUUUGAGAUGAAUGUGGACAAUGACGAGGACGACGAGAUAGGCAAAAGAUUGGGCAUAGAAGACGUAGUCUCAGCCGACGGCAGUUUAAGCCGUUGGAAAAAGUGGCAACCAGUGAUAUGGAAUCUAUUCGAGGAUCCCUACUCCUCCAGAGCUGCGAGGUUUGUGGCUUUCGCUUCUUUGUUCUUCAUCCUUGUGUCUAUCACCACCUUCUGCCUGGAAACCCAUGAGGCAUUUAAUACCAUUAUAAACAAAACGGACAUUGUGAGGAAUGACAGCAUGCUGGAUCUAGGCCCGCAGUAUGAGAUCGAGACCGACCCAGCUCUCACUUAUGUGGAGGGUGUCUGUGUGUUCUGGUUCACCAUUGAGUUCCUGGUGCGUGUCAUUUUCAGCCCUGACAAACUGGAGUUUGUCAAGAGUGUUCUCAACAUCAUUGACUUUGUGGCCAUCCUGCCCUUCUACCUGGAGGUGGGCUUGAGCGGCAUGUCCUCUAAGGCAGCCAAGGAUGUGCUGGGUUUCCUGCGUGUGGUGCGUUUUGUGCGGAUCCUACGAAUCUUCAAACUGACACGGCACUUCAUCGGACUACGGGUUCUGGGCCACACUCUGCGUGCCAGCACCAAUGAGUUCCUGCUGCUCAUCAUCUUUCUUGCUCUGGGUGUACUGAUCUUUGCCACUAUGAUCUACUACGCUGAGCGCAUUGGCGCCAACCCCAAUGAUCCAACAGCCAGUGACCACACCAUGUUCAAGAACAUCCCCAUUGGCUUCUGGUGGGCGGUGGUAACCAUGACCACACUUGGUUAUGGUGACAUGUACCCGCAGACGUGGUCAGGCAUGCUGGUGGGAGCGCUCUGUGCCCUGGCUGGGGUGCUGACAAUAGCCAUGCCUGUGCCUGUCAUUGUCAACAACUUCGGGAUGUACUACUCUCUGGCCAUGGCCAAACAAAAGCUGCCUAAGAGGAGGAAGAAGCACAUUCCCCAGGCAGUGCAGACUGGCUCACCAACCUACUGCAAGACUGAUCUCGGCCCCACCUGCAACAGCACCCAGGCAGAUCUGUGUCUGCCAAAGGGGAACAGAGUUCUGGAACGUCACCGAUCUGUGUUGUCUGCAGACUGCAGUGGUAGCAGUGACAUCACCAUGUCUCCAGAAGAGAGGAUUCCCAUGCGUCGGUCCAGCACACGAGAACAGGAUCGCAGGAGUGGAGGCACAUGCUUCCUCUUGACUGCCAGUGAGUACACCUGCUCGGCUGACGGAGGCAUUCGGAAAACAGGCUAUGAGAAAUCUCGGAGCUUAAACAACAUAGCAGGCUUGACCGGUAAUGCCUUGCGGCUGUCUCCAGUGACGUCACCGUACAGUUCGCCCUGUCCACUGCGACGCUCGCGGUCACCCAUCCCAUCCAUCCUGUGA